AUGGCUUCCUCACUCACAGCUGAGAAUGACUUGCUGCAGAAGGCCAUCAAGCAAGAAAAGAGCGCUUCAGGCGGCUUCUCCUUCUUCGGCGGCCGCGGCGAGAAAUACGAAAAAGCCGUCGAAAUGUACCGCGCCGCCGCAAACGCCUACCGCGUAAAACUGACCUCCAUCGACGACCCGGAAGUUACCUCUCUCGCGAUCCAACAAGGCGGCAGCGCUCUCGAAGCCGCCGCGAGAAUCUGCACAGAAAACCUGGAAGAGCCUUUGGAUGCGGUAAACCUUUACAACGAGGCUUUCAAGUUGUAUCAUGAGGUGCAGCCGGAAAAGGCCGCCACUAUGUUGGAGAUGGCUAUUGGCAAGCAAAAGCAGUUGGGAAGAUGGAGACCUGCUGCUACGAAUACCGAGACGUUGGCCACACAUUAUCAGCAAGUCUUGGGUAACAAUGCGAAAGCCAUCGAGGCAUACAAGGAUACCCUGAAGUGCUACAAGCAAGAUCCUGCUCCUGCACUCGAGAACAAAAUCACCCUCGCCCUUUCAGACUUGCAAGCACUAGAAAGCGACUACAGAAGCGCCAUCGACGGCUACGAAUCCGCAGCAGACAAAGCCCAAAACAACAACCUCCUCGCCUGGAACAUCAAAAACUACCUCUUCCAAGCCGGAAUCUGCCAUUUAGCCACCGGUGACAUGGUAGCUACCUCCCGCGCCUUUGACGAAUACCGCUCCAAACACGCACAAUUCACCUCCACCCGCGAAUUCCAACUCCUCAACGAUCUCAAAGAAGCCGUGGAAUCCGGCGACCAGGAUGUUUUCGCAGACCGUCUGUUCCAAUUCGAUCAGAUGCAGAAAUUGAACAAGUGGCAGACCACCGUGUUGCUGAGGAUCAAGGAGAAGAUUGAGAGUCAGGAUGAGGAUUUCUCUUAG